GCUACGGGUGUGGCUUUAAAACGUGAUACAACAACAGCAAUCGGGAUUAAAAUACAAAACAAAAAGAGAAGACAUCAGAUAAAUAUCCGGUCCGCGUGUGUGUCCGGUAGCCUCACUGGCAGCAGAAAUCCGUGUGUUCGUUUUUUCAGCAGCUGGAAUACUUUUUUUUUUUUUUUUUUAAGCCGAACUUCGUUGCUCGUUUUUCGCGUGUUUAAAUCUGCUCGAAUGUUUUGCUGAAGGAACCAUCGACUGCGCUACAGGUCGACCGACCGAAAAAAAGUUACAAGAUUUUUUUUGGGGGGUGGGCCGGCGGGACCAACUUCUUCAUUCUCCCAAAAAAAACCCCACCGAUGACUGACUGAACAACCACCGAGCGUUUGGGAAUUUGACAAAUUAGAAAUCCGCGUUCACGCGCUCGAGGAACUAGCCGUUCCCUCUCGCGCAUGAACGGACUCCGUCGCGUUUGACAUAAAAAAAAGGGAAGUCGGCCUCACUCAACUUAAACCCGUUUUAUUGUUUAAAAAAAAAAGAGUUCUUAGGACUCGGGCCCUACAAUAUCAAUAUAUAUUUUUUCCCUGUUGGUAUUUGCCCACUAAGCAGCAGUCCUGAAGCGCGCACUAGGAACCAUGGGGUGUACAGUCAGUCAGGAGGAUAAAGCCGCGGCCGAGAGGUCUAAAAUGAUUGAUAAAAACCUGCGAGAAGAUGGAGAGAAGUCUGCGCGAGAAGUGAAGCUGCUGCUGCUGGGUGCUGGAGAGUCGGGAAAGAGCACCAUUGUGAAGCAGAUGAAGAUUAUCCACGAGGAUGGAUACUCAGAAGAGGAGUGCAAGCAGUACAGAGCCGUUGUCUACAGCAACACGAUCCAGUCCAUCAUGGCCAUCAUCAAAGCCAUGGGCAACCUGAAGAUUGACUAUGAAGAAGCCACUCGUGCGGACGAUGCCCGCCAGCUGUUUGCCCUGUCAGCAGCAGCAGAAGAGCAGGGCAUGCUGCCAGAAGAUCUGUCCAACGUCAUCCAACGACUGUGGGCUGACGGCGGCGUCCAGAGCUGCUUCACACGGGCCAGAGAGUACCAGCUCAAUGACUCUGCAGCUUACUACCUAAAUGACAUGGAGAGGAUAGGCAAGCCGGAUUACAUCCCCACACAGCAGGACGUGCUGCGGACCCGAGUGAAGACCACUGGCAUCGUGGAAACGCAUUUCACCUUCAAGGACCUGCACUUCAAGAUGUUUGAUGUUGGAGGCCAGCGGUCAGAAAGGAAGAAGUGGAUCCACUGCUUCGAGGGAGUCACAGCCAUCAUCUUCUGUGUAGCCAUGAGCGCUUACGACCUUGUCCUGGCUGAGGAUGAAGAGAUGAACCGGAUGCACGAGAGCAUGAAGCUCUUUGACUCCAUCUGCAACAACAAGUGGUUCACAGAGACGUCCAUCAUCCUGUUCCUCAACAAGAAGGACCUGUUCGAGGAGAAGAUCGCCCAGAGCCCUCUGACCAUCUGCUUCCCUGAGUACUCCGGCCCUAACAAGUACGAGGAGGCCCAGGCUUACAUCCAGACCAAAUUCGAGGACCUGAACAAGAAGAAGGACACCAAGGAAAUCUACACCCACUUCACCUGUGCCACCGACACCAAAAACGUGCAGUUUGUGUUCGAUGCCGUCACUGACGUCAUCAUCAAGAACAACCUGAAGGACUGUGGCCUCUUCUAAGGACGUGUGUGAGAGAGUCUAGAUUACUUGAAGAGUUGUGAUGACCAUAAAGAUAGGGGGAAUAGACACACAUCAUGAAUGACUGCAUUGGCCAACCACGAUUUCUGCUACUAUCUGCUUUUUAUAAAGACACCUAAUAGACUGAAAACCCGACGAGCCUCGCAGAAAUUCAGUAAAUGCUGAUCCAGUUGAUCUUAUCGUUAACUCUUUGGGUUAUUACCACAAAAAUCAACAUUUAUUAUUGUUUUUUUCCCGUCUUUUUUGUCUUUAUUUUCAAUUACUAGAGGAAGCAAAGGAAAAGUUUUUAUAUAAAUGCAUUCAUUUUACUUUUAGAAAUUCUGAUGUGCAAAUUAUUCAACUUUUAAUCACAUGAAGCUUAUUUUUUAAGAUAUUAGACACCGACAUGGUCAUAAAAUAGGAUUGAUAAAGGAUUGUGCUUUUCUUUUCUUUUUUUAAGAUAAUGUUUACUUAAGUUCGUCAUUCAUAGCCAAACUGUGUAUUGUUCUGCAUGACUCAACAUGUCAAAUAUUAGCUCUGUAAUCUGCACAAAUGAUCUAACAUUCCUAUAAAAUGCUAAAAAAAAAAUCUUAAAACAUUGAGAAAAAAAAAAAAAAAGCGCUUCACUUGCAGGGGGAAAAUUAUGGUAAAAACCUAACUGAUAUUUAAAGUAUGUGUGUACCUAACAUUCUGUCACUUUUUAUAGUACCAUUUCCAUGUCUGUUGCAGUAUGUUUGUGCCUUGACUUCUGUUUACAACCGAUUCCUAGAUAUGCUUUCAGUAUGUUUGACCUGCUGUGCGCCUAUAUUUUUCUUGCUUUUUCUGCCUAGCACCUAUGGAUAUACAGUGAUUAUUAAUGAGAGACGAAAAUCUAAUUCAGAAAUUUUUUAGUGUUUUUGGUAAAUAUUCAAAUGCUUUAAAAAGUCUUUUAUGAUUUAAUUUAAAUAAAAGUAGAGAUCACCUGACUCGUGCACAUUAUUUUUCCUAUCUAAAUUGUGACUUUUCGUAUUAUUGGAUUAGAUUUUACACACGUUUAGUUUGAUUGCAUAAUCAUACCUUUUAACACAGUGACAUAAUGAGAUUGUGGUAAAUUAUGAAAUAUAGUGGAAUAUUAACACGAUACCUUAAGCUUCUGGACAUAUAAGGCAAAAGCAAAAAGUGUGAGGGUAGACAUUGAUCCCAGAUGUUAUUUCUUCUAUCAAAAGUUAGAUCAUCUUGCUUUUAAAACACUAUAUUUUUUUACAUAUUUGUUAUGAGGAUUCAGUUGUAUGCAGACAACACAAGUCACUAAGAGACACUUGUUUAAACAGGCUGACGGCCCCACCCAGUGGUCUGGUUAAGUACUCCAUGCACUAAGACCAAGACCCAUUCAGUCUCAUUCAGCUCAGUUUUUCCUUCUGGAAUGCUUUUCUUUUUUCUUUAACAAGUGGAGCCUUUUAAAUAUGUCCUAAUUAGAACUGUGCCCACCACUCUAUUGAGUUAGGAUAUCUAGUCACCACCUGGUUGUCCAGAUGGACAGCUGUACUUUACUCCCUUUACCUGCAGUAGUCUAAUUCUGAGUUUGUUGAAAACAUUAUUGUUGUCAGCGAGUGUGAGAGACACAUGGCUGUUAGACGCGUCCUCAUCCACUUUGGGGCUGGGACAUAAAGACCCUCUCAGUAGGAUGGUCAAUAGGGUUGAAAUGUAAUUUUAUUCUCAUUUCAAUAUAAUUUUAUAGUGUUAACAAACCCUUGGUGAGACGCAUUUACAAAAUGUUAGAGGGCUAAUCAACGAUGCUCAUAUUAAAAAUAAAAAUAAAACUAUCACUGGAUCUAGGAGCUUUUCUUGUGCAUGGACUGACUUCUCCAAGCAAAACAAAUAAAUCCUCAUUUCUUAAAGAUGGAAAUAAGUGUGGACCUUUCAGUGUUCUGCUGGGGGAAAUGCUUUGACUCAGAAGAGCCUUGGAGAAAUGUUGGCACAUGGUGUUAAACACUACUGCAUGCAUAUAGGUGAGGUUUUCUAUAAGGAUGCUCAGUUACUCUGCACAUUUUUUCAUUGACAGUGUUUCUUCAGUCACUGAACAGUGGUACUGUUAGGCUCAUAUCACUGAGAUUUCAUUCUGCAACAAUACAUUGUAUGAGAAUUGUGGUGUAAACGGUGUAUUUGUGCGAAAUAACCAAUAAAAAAAAUAAAUGUACCUGCUAUAUGUGGAACAACUAUCAUCUCGUAGAAAAAAAAACUGAGGGUCACUUCAGAGAAUUGAAUCAACCUUGACUGAAUCAGCUCUUUAACAGAGAACAAAUAAAGCCUGUUUAACUCA